GUCGGAUUUGUCUGGUCAACAAUCAUUUGAGCAAACAGGAUUGCGGUCGAUUGGGACSUCGGUCAACAGURUUUUUCUUCAGCAGCGCAGUCGGCUUYGCGAGCAGCAACGCAACUCGUGGUGAUCACAUCCCGCUCCUCUUUAAGCCAUGCCAAGGACGCGAUCUGGAUUGCUCGAUUGGUUCGAUCUUGCCGGAGCAGAAAAUUCGGACGGCGAGAAUGCGGUGCAGCAGGGGGUCAAUCCCGUUCCUCUUCGACGGCGACCACCAGCGGCAGUGUUCGCCACUUUAGAUACACUCGUGCCUGACGAACAUUUGCCCCAAACAAUUCCUCAUGCUGCGAAUAAAACAGAUCACGACCGCAAARUUUUGUGUCGGCCCGUCGAACCAUCGUUUGCAGCCAGGGAUCGUGGCGAUGAUGACGACAUACUUGAAAUUCUCGAAACCCGUCGGGGGAACAACCCCCUGCUGGAUUUUCCUCACCGUCGAGAAGACUGCCUGAAAUUCGCCUUUGCGGAAAAUCCGUGCCGGUUUUGCCCAAAAUGCUUUUGCUACAUCUGCGACGUUCCUGCUUCGGCGUGUCCCGAAUGGACCCGUGGCAAAGAACCCCACUGCUCGGCUCGGCACGGAGACCACCAUUCGCGCUUGAAGCGAAAAUCUAUUCAGAUUCGCAGGAACACGCUUCGGCCGAGAAGACAGCCGGCCUUGUUCUGCCUUGAACGUAGCAAUCUUCCCUCGCUGGCAGAGGGAACAGGAGCCAGUGGAGCACCGCAUAGCUCCGUGCGGCAGGGGGAUGGUGCUUCGCGCCGGAAGCGAAAAUCCACAAAGGUGCGCAAAAAUACGAUUCGGUCAAGAAGACAGCGGGCACGGCUCCGUCUUGGCCAUAGCAAYCCUCCGUCGGUGGCAGAGGGAACAGAARCCAGUGGAGAAACAGCCGCUCGUUCGCCCUUGUUAUCCCAAACACUAAAGUUGCCAUCUAAGAAAGAAAUUCCUCGCACUAGCAAAAACGAGCGUUCGAACUGCAAACAGAUUCCCCUGAUGAAUGUGCCAAGAACGGCAUUGCGACCAAAACGACGACGACAAGCGCCGAUUCGCCUUGUCCAUUCCYAUCCCAUCUCUGUCGCACAAGCAGAGGCACUAAAAGCCAGUGGAGAAACAGUGCCGAGCUUGCCUGUAGUUUCCCCCACAGAACGGCCGCCCUUGCGUACCGACGACAAAAGAACCAACAAGGCAAUAGGAGCCAUGAGAGAAUCAGUGGUAUCCCACAUGCAACAGUUACCCUUGCUUGUCAGGAAUAAAAGAAGUAGCGAGGAAACACCUCGCCCUGCUCCGGACCAUGUUCUUAUUUUGUCUACGAGAAAAUGUUCGUCAAAUAGGGGGCCAGAAUCGUCAUCCUCUUCCAACAAAGCGGAAUCAUCCAUUGCACACAAUGCUGCAUCGAAAGUAGACACGUUUGCUUCUUCGAGGAAUUUGAGCGAAAAGGAACCCAACAGCUUGAAACAAAUCAAGUGGACCGUGGAGGAACAUCGCACAAUCAUUGAAGGGUUCAUACGUYGUGGUAAUCGGUGGGCAGAAACUUCAAAGAUGCUAAAUGGUCGCUCGAGCGUCACGAUCGAGCGUUAUUGGAACGGAUAUAUGAAGAAAAAAAUCCAAAAGUACCUCCAAGAAAAAUAUGCGARCUYCGGCAAAGGUAAACUUGGCAUUGGGAUGACGGGCCGAUUUGUGAUCAGAAAAGACGAUGUUGAAGGAUGCCUUCACGCUUUACAAAAACCAGGACCGAAGACUGAAAGCGUCAAAACUCAUCAGACGGUGAUUCCGCGGAAUCUGAGAGAAAUAACGCCUUCCACUUUAAAUAUGAAGCAUUCCAAUAGAAUAAUCCUAGUCAGAUAUCCUCCGCAAAGAGGUAGACCAGAAAGGUGGCGUGCUUGCASCAAUACUUUGGAAAAAGAAGUAUUUCGAGCGUCACGAGCUUUGAUAAAACCCAAAAGGAGACGAAUGCCAUUGACCUUCGCAAAUACAUCCAGAGGGGGGGGAACGAGUACGAAAUUUCCUCAACUAAACGCAAACGAUAGAGCGAAGACCAACGAAGAUGAGGUGCCUGAUCCGAACAGGAGACUGGUCUUCUCGAGUUACAAUAGAAAUCGAAAGUCAGUUAGCCUCCCUCGAUCGAGUACAACGGAAAGACAGAAACCCAACGAAAGUGGAUCAAACGUAUUUCACCAUACGAGAUCAUCCUCUAUUUCUGUUUAUCAGACGACAGACGAGGACACCUUUGSCACCCUCGGCGCCUAUUGGCGUGGAGAACCAACCAAAUAUGCAGGUGUGCCAUAUCAAACUAGGACAAGAACCACAUCRAAAGAAAUCCGAAUUGAUUCUUUCGAAUGAAUCACUUGCGGAAAGGUCAGUAWGCUAGAGUCGACGGUGAAAUGCCGUCAACACAUGUAGUUGAYAAUAGAAAUUCAGUGUUGGUUCYGAAUGGAAAUGAAAUGAACGAUUCCAGCUGAAGUCACAACGAUCAAACUUGGAGAAGAAGAAGGUCGUAUAUUCGGAACUACGACGCUAGAGCGAACAGUAAUCUACCUUAUUGUUACCUUCUACAAUUAUGAACAUUUUUCACCCUGCUCAAUUUUGAUAUCUCGAUGAGGAAGUGAUAGAAUCGUCGUGUGCAGAAACUCGUGGUCGAAUAAAUGACCUACCGAAAAAUCAUAAAGAAGAUUUUUUUGCAGCAGUGUUUGAYCGGGUGGAAUUGAACAAAAAAUACUGAAUAGUGUCACGUAGCUUUCAAAUACGAGAUGAUAUGGCAGAAACUGCUGCAGACGGGGUGGCGUUAAUAGCUACUGCCAAUCAGGAGUGUGUGAUCAAUGAUYAUAUCAUARAUCCAUUUGCUCGUUUCUUUGUCYCUUUCUUUAUGCAUUAUUCUAUGUUCGCUUUCGUUUUUGUUCAAAGGAGUCUCCCCCACUAYUUAAUAGAACCUCACUGUCAUUGCUGGAGAAUGAGUUCAACUCAACCCUUUGACGGAAAGUAUCCAUUUGUGGAUGUAAUAAWUGGUUUCGAUAUGAUGCAGUAGAAUCAAGAUGGGAUAGAAGGAYACGGCGAUUGUAUAGAGCAUAUUGCUCUUGUUGUUUUUGUUGUGAAUAAAAAUCAAGUGUCWGUGAUUGGGGCGGUUGAGUCGACAUCAUCAACAYGUKGGAUAAAGAUGACGAGCUGCUAGCGUCAUUUGAACGUUYAAGACUGGAUAAAGKUUGAUUGAGGCUAUCGGGGGCUUUUGUUGUCAUAAUUCCCCGAGGCACUUCCGGGAUCUUGAGCGAUCCUGAGAGUGCUGUUGGUACCUCGGGGAUCCUAAGUGUGGUCGAGAGGGGCUUGUGAAGAUUCGCAUCCUUGACAGGAUCCGGGGGGCUGGGUGACCGGYUCAUGGUGGAAUUUUGUAAUCCAAUGAGUAAAUUAGAUGAUAUUGYUCUCCUCGCAUCGGCAGAGCAUGCUGCACCCCUUCCCGCAAUAAUACUCGCUGGUGGCGGUUGGGCCCCGUCCWUAAAAUUUGAAUUUUUUGCCAAAAUCUUUGAACAAGAAGUGACUGCACCCCUUCCCAUAACACAUGCCAUAGAUCUAUCAGCAGUGUUGCUAUUAUUCGCAGCUAUAGCAAGAGCAUCCAGAUUGCUCGUAUCCAGUUUGCUUCUUUUCGGGUCGCUCAUGUCCGUCCGUGCCAUCCUAGUGCUCAUAGAGGCAGGUACUGUUGGUAUUACAAUUUUAUUCAGUGGGACUGAUGGAAUAGUAAUGCCGUAUGGAGUUUUGGUCGCUUGUGUCAUUCGUCCCGUGCCCAUCUUUUCCUCAUUAGAGGAAAGGAUGGACCUUGGCGUGGAUUUCAGAGCUGUAGCAGUCAACCUCUCGCGAUUAUCYCCCUCACCACUGUUGACAAUAAUUUGGUUUGCAGGAG